AUGGCGCGCCUUCGUCCCCGGCCGUCAGCUCCCAGGGUUCUCGCAGCAGUUCUUUUGGUGUCUACCAGCCUGCAAGGCUGUGGCAAGUCCAGCGAUCCGACAUGCCGGGAAGGCAAUGAUCAAGCCUGCUUUGAAAGCGGACUCGUUCGCGGAAAGGAGUCGUGCACCGUGGAAGAUUGGGGUGAGCUGGGUGUGAAGUACCAGAGUGGCUUCGAAAGUGGCUACACAGCGGGCAAGAAAGAG